AAGCAUUUCCUGCCGCUAAAUUCAGUGCUAAGCAUUCAGUUGCUGGAGUAUUUUAAAUGACGGAAUUAACGGCUUCCGCAUUAUAAGCAUUCUGAGCAGGGGUAGACAGUGAGACACGGUGUGUUUUUAUAAAAUGAAUGCUCGUGUGAACGGCAGCGGAAGGGAGCAGAUAUCACUGGUGUCCAGAUGUGUGGAGAAUGCGCUCGAGACGGCUCUGCGCAGGGCAUUUGAGGUGGCGCUUGAGAUCGCGCUAAAUGAGAUCAGCAGACUGACAGCAGGUCAAGCGGUACUGGAUGUCUGCUGCGAGCACAUUCGCGAGAGACAGCGGGAGAACAACAGUCUCAAAUUACCACCACAGCAUCUCAAUCAUGGUGAAUCAAAUCAUAGCAGCUUGUACAGUCGGAGAGAGGAUACACCGAGGAAAGUGUGUGAAAAGCAGGAGCACGGUGGUGAAGAAGAUGAAUAUGUGGAUGAGAGUGAAAGACUGAAUGGGUCUUUUCACAAAAUCUCUCAUGAGGGUUGUGUACGAUCACACGAAAUGAACAAAUCGCCUAUUAAUGAGCAUGAUACAUCAGACCAAAAGGAGCUCAACAUAGAUCACAUACAAGAUGUAGAGCCAAGCGAUCAAGACUUAUCAUUUCAGCCUGAAAUUGAGCGAGUUAUGGUGAAAAGUGAAAAGCCAGAUUCAGAAGAACUGGCACUGAAUAGAAGCUCUGGGUGUGCUUCUCCUUAUCCUAGUCCAGACUAUAGUUUUGACCCAGCUUGUAAUGAUGAGUUUGUGCACAACAGAAUGACUUUAGUUCAGUCAAAACUGCUAGAAGACUGGAGGCCUGAUCCAGAGAUGCCACAGAAGGAGACUGAACCUUUGGAUCAAGAACCCAGCCACAAUCAUGGCUCCUCAAAAAUCAAUUUGCCAUCCAGUAGCUGCAUCUCCCCUGUCUCCACCCAGUUUCACAACUUCUACCUAUCAGCAGACGACAGGACCUCCCUCAUGCAGUCAACUCAAAACUGUAUUGAGCAGCACAAAACCAUAUUAAUGAGUGUGGAAGAAGGCACUGUCGCAACCAGGCCAAGAAAACAGCAGCUUUUCCCUCCAGGGUGCAGCCCGUAUCACUGCAGCAUGUGCAGCCGAGACUUCAAUCGCCUGGAGAACCUGAAGACUCAUUUAAGGAUACACACUGGCGAGCGUCCGUACAGUUGUUCAUUGUGCGGGGUGCGGUUUCGCCACUCGGGGGCACUGACACGGCACUUCCGCAUUCACACCGGGGAAAAGCCGUAUGUAUGUGGAGAGUGUGGGAGGAGUUUUAGAAACUGUGGAGGUCUGCGCUACCACCAGAAAUCACACCAUCCUAGUACUGUCUUUAAAACAUCACACCUAUAAAAUGAUAUCAUUAGUCAGUUUUGAUAGUAAGCUUGUUGGCAUAUACAGGUUUAGACCAUUUUAGGUUACAGAUCAUGAAACGUCAACAGCUAAGUUGUAUGUUUGUGUUUACUGAACCUUUAUAAUUGUUUUAUUUGGAUUUUUUACUUGAUUUAUCUGGAUUUUGAAAUGUGAUCUUUGUCUAAAUAAUGUUUAAUAAACAUUCAAUUCAAACCUUCGAA